AUGGCAGUAAUGAACGAAAGUCUCCCCGUGGAGUUCAUUCUACUGGGCUUCGCUGACCGACCUUGGCUGGAGCUGCCUCUCUUCAUCACUCUCCUGAUAAUCUACCCCAUGGCCAUGAUGAGAAACAUCACCAUCAUCCUGGUUUCCAAGUUAGACCUCCGUCUCCACAGCCCCAUGUACUUCUUCCUCAGUAACCUCUCCUUCCUGGACACAUGUUACACCACAAGCAUUGUUCCUCAGAUGCUCUUUAACCUGGGGAGCUCCAAGAAGACCAUCAGCUAUCUGGGGUGUGCAGUUCAGCUUUAUGUUGUUCAUGUAAUGGGGGCCACAGAGUGUCUGCUCUUGGGCAUCAUGUCCUUUGACCACUAUGUGGCCAUCUGCAGGCCUCUGCACUACAGUCUCAUCAUGAAUCAGCACCUCUGCCUCCUACUAUCAUCUAUCAUGUGGCUGACUGGGGUGAUAUUUGCUUUCUCAGAGGCCACACUUAUACUACAGCUGCCACUGCGUGGGGUCACUAAACUGGAUCACUUUUUUUGUGAGAUUUCAGUUCUGAUUAAGACUGCCUGUGGUGAGAAGGAGGCAGAUGAGCUUGCACUGUCUCUGGCAUCCACAUUUGUAUUAGCUGUUCCUCUGUGUUUAAUUCUUUUUUCCUAUGCUAGUAUUGGACAUACUGUACUUAAGAUUAAGUCUUCUGGAGGGAGUAAAAAGGCCUUGGGGACAUGUUCCUCCCAUCUCAUUGUAGUUUCAUUAUUUUAUGGUCCGGCCAUCAGCAUGUACCUUCAGCCCCCGGCCUCCAUCUCCAGGGACCAGCCCAAGUUCAUGGCUCUCUUCUACAUAGUGGUGACUCCUACCUUCAACCCCUUCAUCUACACCUUGAGGAAUAAGGACAUGAAGGGGGCAUUAACCAAGCUGUUGAGAGGGGCUGGCAGUUCCAAGUUUUCACGUGGAGCUUGAUGUCAGUAGACAUAAAAACAUUGUCAAUUAGAGCAGAUUUGUAUGG